UUUUUAAAUCUUAUAUAUUUUAUAAUUAAAUCGCGUUGAAUCGUUUUGAGUGAUAGAUAACUAACUAUAUUUACAUUUAGAAGUGAUAACACGACAGUAAAAGUGUUUGAUUAAUAUUAAAUGAGUACAGCUUCAUUCACUUUUAUAAUACAACUGUGAAUACAACAAUGAAAGGGUGUCGUCAAGCGUUACUUUUAUCAUCAUCUAACUGUCAUGGAUAUUCAUUUUUAGAAUUUGCGAAACAAGAGAUAUCUUAUUUUUUGAAAAAGAAUGGGGUAAGCCAAUUAAUUUUUGUACCUUAUGCCCAAAAUGAUUAUGAUGGUUACACAAAGUAUGUUAGAGAAGUUAUAGAUACAUGGGGAUUCAAAGUAACUGGCCUCCAUACUUACUCAGAUCCUAUGAAUGCAAUUAAAGCAGCUAAAGCUAUUUUUGUUGGAGGAGGAAAUACUUUCCUCUUAUUGAAAAAACUCUAUGAAAAUAAUUUAGUCAAUCUUAUAAGAGAAGAAGUCCUUACAGGAAAUUUAGUUUAUAUUGGUAGCAGUGCAGGAACAAACGUUGCAACAAAGAGUAUCCACACAACAAAUGAUAUGCCCAUUGUUUACCCACCGUCAUUUGAUGCUAUUGGUAUUGUGCCCUUCAAUAUUAACCCUCAUUAUAUUGAUCAUUUAGAAAUAGAAAAUCACAAGGGUGAAACAAGAGACCAACGUAUAAAUGAAUUUAUUGAGAUGCCGCAUGCAAACCUAGUGCUUGGACUGAGGGAAGGUGGUAUUUUACAUGUUGAUGGAGAUUCUCUUGUACUCAAAGGUGUUGCUGGUGCAGUAGUCUUUAAAAAGACAGAAAGCAAAAUUGAAUAUCCAGUUGGAACAGAUAUAUCAUUUUUACUCAAUAACUAAAUCACAUUACAUGCUAACCACACAUAUUAAUUUUGUAAUUUUCCAUCAUAAACAUAUUUUACAUAAAAAUAUAUUAUAAUUGGCUUUAGCUA